UCUGCAUUAGCACAGGACACUCACUCAGAUCUCAGCCAUAGGCAGCAGUGCAGCCUGCCCACAGAGGUGCUCACCAUGGCUGAGUUUGGGGAUCUUUUGAGGGCUCUGGGGGAGUUUGGGCUCUACCAGAAACUGCUGAUCCUGCUCCUCUCCCUCCCACUACUUCUCAAUCCUUUCCAAAUGGUUGGCCAAGUCUUCAUGGUGGUGGAAGUGCCUCACCACUGUGACACCAGCUGGAUCCGCGCCGUCGGCCCCAACCUGACGGAGGAAGAGCAGCUGAACCUCACCCUGCCCCGCCGCGCCGACGGGGAGUUUGAGCAGUGCUCCAUGUUCUCCCCGGUCGACUGGGACCUGGAUGCCAUCCUGGCCUACGGGCUGAACCACACGCAGAAGUGCAGCAGUGGCUGGGUGUACCCCUCAGAGCAGCCACCGUCCCUGCUGACCGAGGUCUGUGCUUGCUGCUUGAUGAGACAGGGCUGUGCAAAGGAGGGGGUGGGAUAUCCCAGCCUGUGCUUUGGGCAAUGGUUUGCAGACAGCAUUGUCUACUAUGGGCUGAGCCUCAGCGUGACAGAUUUUGGUCUGGACAUCUACCUGACACAGCUGGCCUUUGGGGCAGUGGAGCUUCCAGCUCGAAUUUCCUGCAUUUUCCUACUGGAGUGGUUUGGAAGGAAGAAAGUGCAGGGCACUCUCCUGUUCCUGGCUGGCCUGAUAUGUCUCAUCCUCACUGGCAUCCCUGAAGGUGAACCUUCCCAGCCUGGGAGCACUGUAGGCUUCUUCUUUGUUGGCCCACUGGCCUCCACAACUCCCUGCUCUUUAUUUAAUAGAAGGCUUGUAGCAGGAGGUGCUGUUCCUCUGGUCUUCGGGUAG